AUGUCCGUGUGCUGGUGCCUGCUCAGCACGGAGCAGUGGAACUGCAGGAGCGCGUCCGAUGCCAGCAAGCAGCUGGCCGCGCCGUCUCCCCAGCUACCCCCUGCAGGCCCCGUCUCCGCAGGGCUGCGCACCGUGAUCCAUCCCAAGGCCAGGAUCAUCGCCGAGGCGGGGCCCAUCGUGAUCGGCGAGGGGAACCUCAUCGAGGAGCAGGCGCUCAUCAUCAACGGAUAUCCCGAAAAUAUCACCCCGGAAACUGAAGAGGUGGAACCAAAACCGAUGGUCAUUGGCACCAAUAAUGUUUUUGAAGUCGGGUGCUAUUCGCAGGCAAUGAAAGUGGGAGACAACAAUGUAAUUGAAUCAAAAGCGUUCGUUGGUAGGAACGUGAUUCUGACAAGCGGCUGCAUCAUCGGGGCCUGCUGUAAAAUCAACACGUACGAGGUGAUCCCCGAGAACACCGUCAUCUACGGGGCCGACUGCCUCCGCCGGGUGCAGACGGAGCGGCCGCAGAGGAGGGAGAAGCAGCCCCUGUCUUGCGGCCUCCGCAGUCAGGUGGGAGGCCAGGGCUUGUGGGCAGAGAAACCCACGGGUUUCCGUGGGUUAAAGGCCAUGCUGUGA